CCCGAUAAAAUUAUUAGCAGCCAUGUUCUGUCGUCGCUGCUGGAUUGAUUUUACUGCCGGCGAGGAGGACUAUGUCGUGUGCGCCGGUCCCUGCGCCCGGCCCUAUCACGCCACCUGCGCCGCCGUCCCACGGGAGCUGGCGCGUGAGUUACGACGCAGCAGCUCAAACAACUUUGACACAAACUUUUCCAGCUUCGGCUUCGGUUUGGGCUUGGGCUCUGACUCAGGUUUGGGUCGAAAUGCCGGCUCCGGUUCCAGUUCCGGCACCGGCUUGGAAUGGUACUGUCAUAAUUGUCGUCAACUUUAUCGCCUGCAAUUGUACUUUGAGGUAU